AUGAAUCAUUUUCCGGCUCGUUGCCGGGGUGCACUGAUUCGGAAUACACUUCGGCGCAAAAUCGAGCGCGGUCAACGGUUCCCUGCAAUGAUGAUAUCGGAUGAUAUGCUGAGUCGUGCGAGCAGUGUCACUUCAACCUCCACAAGCAUGGAUGGUUACGAUAUUCCUCUGGUUGCUUCUUGUCUGCAAGAAUAUUCCUGUCUGCGGUCGACAAUCAACAAUGAUAGAUCAGGAACAGCAAACGGUGACAAUCUGAUUGCCUUUCAGUUUGAAAAAUUUGCAGCAGCAUAUUUUCAAAUGCAAAACAGUGCUCAUUACACGCGGAAAACACUUCGCACAGCAUUAUUACCGCAUGAUUCCGACUUGGAUCGUACUGCAGCAUUAGCGAUUUGGUUGGUAAUACAGCGCUUUAUGGGAGACGUAUCAGAACCAAGAAGAACCUCGCACCCUUCACAAGAUUUUGAAAACAUCAAACAUACACCUAUUAUGAGCAAGCUACACGUGGUCAAUGGUCGGAACGUGUUCGAGAGAAGAAACCAACGUGAAAGUGACUAUGAACAGCCAUUCAGUUGGAGAAAACACCUUUCUUCAAGCAUGGAGCUGCUUUUUCCUCAGCAGAAUGGUGUCGUGCCACACAUCGAUGCAUCCGACGCACCCGGAAUGCAUACGAAAAACGUCACUGAAUAUGGCAGCUAUCAGCAGUUUUACAGUGCGUUCCUGAAUGAGGAUGUACCGUCUAGCCAGGAGAAAUUGCAAUUCAUCAUUGGGCAUGGUAUUUUACGGCCACAUAUAAGAGACGAAAUAUACUGCCAAAUAUGCAAGCAACUGACGAGAAACCCGUCGGGAAAUUCAUGCGCUCGUGGUUGGAUAUUGCUGUCGUUGUGUUUGGGUUGCUUUGUUCCCACGGACUGUUUCCUGCCCUAUUUAAAAUGCUUCAUACGCCAAACCUGUCCCACGAGAUGUUUUGGGGAAUAUAUAGAAAGGAAAUUGAAACGAACAUUAGCAAACGGAACACGCAAUUACCCUCCUAACUCCGUAGAGAUACAGGCGUCAAAGAGGAAGGAACCGAUUUCAAUCCAUAUUACAUUCAUGGAUGGCACUGUGGUAACGGUAAGUGCGGACUCGGCGACAACAUCGCGGGAGAUCUGCGAUGAACUUGCCGAUAGCAUCGCACUGAAGGACUCCUUUGGAUUCUCUCUUUAUAUCGCAUACUUUGAUAAAGUAAUUUCGCUCGGUUGCGGAACGGAUCACAUUAUGGAUGCGAUAAGUCAGUGCGAACAGUAUGUAACAGAAGCAGCAGAGGAAUCGGUGAAUCCGUCAUGGCGUUUCUUCUACAGGAAAGAAAUUUUCAGUCCGUGGCAUGAUCCGAGCACUGAUUCUGUAAGCACCAAUCUCAUUUAUCACCAGAUCAUCCGAGGUGUUAAGUACGGCGAGUAUCGCACUACUAAGGAGGAAGAAGUGGCAGUGCUCGCUGCCCAACAGUAUUAUGUUGAUUACGAGGACAGCGCUAUGAAUAUAACGAAGCUGGAAAACAGCUUGGUUAUGUAUCUUCCGGAGGACGACCUUCGGGAUGCGGACGAGAAGAAUCACGAGCGAUGGCUGCAUCUCGUACUUCAUGCCUUCAGAAAGAAAUUCCAACGAAACCAUCCAGCGACGGAGCGAGUGAAAGCAGAUGUGGUCAUAUUUGCUAAACAAAAGUGGCCACUCCUUUUUUCCAGAUAUUUUGAAGCAUUUACUUGUGCCAGCUCUUCUUUUCCCGAUGGUCAGUUGAUGAUUGCUGUGAAUUGGCAAGGAGUUGUUGUGAUCGAUGCUCAUGACGACGUUAUUCUGCAACUUACUUAUCCACAAAUUUCACGAAUUUUAUCUGUGACAAACAAUAGAAGUGGUAUCGAAAUGUUUACAAUUGAAGUGGUUGGUGGUGAGGAACACUGCUUUGAGUCGCCAAAUACAAAGGAUGUCAAGGAACUUGUUGAAUUUUUCCUGAAUGAAUUAAGGAAUAGGUCAAAAUAUCUUUUGGCCCUUCAAGAUUGUUUCUCCAACGAAGGUUAUGAGAAGUGGAACACCUGUUUGAAUUUCAAAAAGGGUGAUUUAUUAUUUUUGAAUGAUGAAUACUGCGGAGCAUCGCUCCGCAAUAAUCAGUUUGUUAAAGGAGAAAAUAUGAGAACCGGUAGUCAAGGCAUGAUACCUGUUGAUCUGGUCCAUGUCCUUCCAACAAUAUGUAAGCCGUCUAUGGAGAUAAUGGAUACGCUUUCACAUUCCCAGGAACUCGACUGUCCUAUCAUCAAUCGACAGAUGUCACUGUUGGCACAUCAUUUUACAGUUAAUCGCGAGCAUACGCUGGAACGUUUCGCUACUGAUAAUUUCAGACCAGCACCACGACCACCACAAGGCCUAAGUGAAAGUUUCUAUGAGCAUUAUGUGACGUAUAGUCUAUGGUCUUAUAGUCGCGAGCCAAUAAAGAUGCCUUUAUUAAAGAAACUGCAAGGAAAAAGAGAACCAUCGGAAGCAGCAGUUAAGGGCUAUUUAGCAAUCUUAAAAUAUAUGGGGGAUUAUCCGUGCCGACGCAUUGCAACCAUCACUGAGCUUACCGAUGAAGUUUUCAAAGGAGCAUUCAAAUACGUUCGAAAUCAUCCGAGACGAGGUGUACUGCCAGUUGAUGAAACAGCUAACUUGGAACCACAAUCCGGUGAGUGCGGAGCGCGGAUGGGAGCUAAUGUGGCUAUGUACCGGAGUGGACGUCGGAAAUUUCCGCCGCAUGAUGUGGAAGUGGAAGCAGUGCGACAGCGAACUGUGCAAAUAUUCCACAAGGCUUUCUUUCCCGACAAUUCAGAUGAGAUUAUCGAAGUGGAUUCGACAACGAAAGCUCGGGAUUUCUGUCACCGAAUUGCAACACGUCUGGGCCUCAACUCCGUGGAUGGAUUUGCUUUGUUUGUAAAAGUCAAUAGUAAAGUGAUCUCAAUUCCGGAUAAUGAAUUCUUCUUCGACUUCCUGCGCCAAUUGUUCGAAUGGAUGCAUCCCAAAAAUGAAACAAUAUUCAACUUUUCCUACCAACUUUUCUUUAUGAAAAAGCUGUGGAUUAAUACAAUACCCGGAGAAGAUCGUAUUGCUGACCUUAUUUUCCACUAUCCUCAGGAACUGCCCAAGUAUUUACGCGGUUAUCAUGCGGUCACUAGGCAGCAAGCAGUGGAAUUGGCAGCCAUAAUACUUCGUGCCCGAACUCGCGAUGAUAAAGCGGCACCACUGUCGCAUUUGGCGCAAAUCAUCUCGGAUAUUGUGCCGCGUGACAUGAUCAAGACGUACAGUGGUGUCGACUGGAAAAAAGUACGGCUAGGUUUUUGUAGAUUAUUGUUUGAGUUAGAGCAAUUAAUUUUGCGUUCUCGAAUUGUCUCCAUCGCUUUUCCUGUCGAACUUUGCGCACUAAUCGAGAUGGGCCUUGUUAUUGUUAUCAUUAUUAUUAAUGUUGUUUUUAGUCUAAUUAACGGUAUUGGUUCUUUUCAAGCACAUAACGAGUGCGUAAAGCAGUCAUCGGAUUCAGCAAUUCCGGACAAGUUACUGAUAGCAAUCAACAAGACAGGUGUCCACUUAUAUAACCCCUCAACGAAACAACCUAUCAUCCAUUACCCAUUCACAAUGUUGAGCAACUGGAACAGUGGCAAUACCUAUUUUCAUAUGACUAUCGGAAGUUUAUUGAAGGGCGGUCGAGGUACUCGACUGCUUCUGGAAACAUCGCUGGGAUACAAAAUGGAUGACUUGUUGACAUCUUACAUCAGGUUGUUCCUCAGCUCUCUCAAUCGACCCCCUGCCAAGAUGAUUGAGGGCGAAGCUGCGGAAGUGUGA